AUGCUUCCGACAAGUCAACAUCAACAGCAGCAGCAGCAGCAGCAGCAUCAAUCCGCUCAGCAACAACAGCAGCAGCAGCAAGAUGCACAAACGCAACAUCUCCUGAAUGUGGCCGCCUCGUCCUACACGACGGCCGUGUCGUCCAGCGGUGGCUACAGCAUGAGCUACCCGCUCGUCUCGGGGCACCAUCUGACGGAGAACAACAACCUGAUAAUGCACCCGUCGUACGGCAAACCGGCGGCCCACGUUGCCCACCAGCUGCCGCCGGCCUCCCUCAUCACGCUGCAACCGGUGCCGAUCGAUGCGCACCACCACUCGGCGUUACAUCACGUCUCGAACCUAGGGCCACCGCCGCCUGGCACUCCUGGAUCUUUACAGCAGCAACAGCAGCAGGGGCCACCGCCGCCGACUCAGCAAUCUUCCCACGCGACGACACUCGUCAGCUCGCUGGCUCCACCGCCCGGUUCCGGAGGUCUCGGCGGGUUGGUCUUGGAUGGCGCCGGACACCAGCAUCUGCACCACGCUGCAAUGCAGCAACAACAGCAGCAGCAACAGCAGCAGCAGCAGCAACAGCAACAACACCACCAACAGCAGCAACAGCAGCAACUCGACAUGCAGCAACCACCGUCGUCGAUGUCAUCCAUGAACGAUCCCAAUGGGAACGGUACGUAG